AUGUCAUCCAAAAGGCCGUUUGAAGAUUUUCAUCAAGACCAAGCCCACUCGCUUCCCGUGGCAUCGCAAAGCGCUAUAGCGACUCCUGUGGCUGAAAUGAAUAGAUCGCAGGAGCAGAUUUACAAGAAACUCAAGAGACCGAAUGGAACGGAAGAACCAUCCGAGUUUGAAAAGGAGUUGGUAGAUAUGACGCAAGCAGCACAAAGUACUGGUACUGACGAAGACCAAAGCUGGUCAAGACCUCAGCUUCCAACUGAUUUUGACCCCAACAAGGAAGACGUGUCUUUUCAACAAUUGGAUGGCGAGGAAUUUAACGAAAAUGAUUCAACAUAUGCUAGGUUCUUUGGGAUCACCCAAGAAGGAUACUCUGUGCUAUGCAGCGUGACUGGCUUCAUUCAUUACUUUUACUCUCCAGUUCCCAAAGGUUUUGUUAAGGACCAGCAUUUGAUGCAAUUUACGAGCUAUUUGAAAGCAAACUAUGAUGGGGUGGUUAACGUGCAGAUUCAAAUGAAGGAAUCGAUAUGGGGUUACAAUAAUAACAUCAAGACACCUUUUUUCAAAAUUUACGUCAACAACAAUAGAAAUAUUACCAGAUUGAGAGGUGCUUUUGAAAAGGCAGAAAUACGGUUUGAGGAUUUGUUCCCCAUUCAGCAGAGUGUGACAUACGACAACAUCAAUUACCUUUUGAGGUUGAUGAUCGAUUGUAGUAUUACGGGAAUGUCAUGGAUCACCUUACCUAAGGGCAAAUACAAGAUAAAAAGCAACAAAAUUUCCACCUGCCAAAUUGAAUGUUCGAUUGAUUACAAAGAUUUGAUAGCUCAUCAGUCUGAAAAGGAAUGGUUGAAAAUGGCACCGUUGCGUAUUUUGUCUUUUGACAUUGAGUGUGCAGGGAGGAAAGGGAUAUUCCCAGAAGCAGAGCAUGAUCCAGUUAUUCAGAUUGCCAAUGUAGUUCUGAAGUUGGGUGACUCGAAACCAUUUGUCAGAAAUGUCUUCACCGUGAACACAUGUGCAUCCAUUAUUGGGUCACAAAUUUAUGAACAUGAAAAGGAAGAGGAAAUGCUACUUCACUGGAAAGAAUUUGUCAAUGAAGUAGACCCUGAUGUUAUUAUUGGAUACAAUACAGCCAAUUUUGAUAUUCCGUAUUUGUUGGAUAGAGCAAGAGCUUUAAAGGUUCAUCAAUUCCCGUACUUUGGAAGGUUGAAAAGCGUUAAACAAGAGAUCAAAGAAGCGAUUUUCAGUUCAAGGGCUUAUGGUACUAGAGAAAACAAAGUGGUAAACAUUGAUGGUCGUAUGCAAUUGGAUCUACUUCAAUUUAUUCAAAGAGAAUACAAAUUGAGAUCGUACACGCUCAACUCUGUAUCGGCACACUUUUUGGGUGAACAGAAGGAAGAUGUUCAGCACUCGAUUAUUACUGACUUGCAAAAUGGAAAUAAAGAGACGAGAAGACGUUUAGCCGUUUACUGUCUCAAGGAUGCGUAUUUACCUCUUCGAUUGUUGGAUAAGUUGAUGUGUUUGGUCAACUAUACAGAAAUGGCAAGAGUAACUGGAGUCCCCUUUUCGUACUUGCUUUCAAGGGGACAACAAAUCAAGGUGGUGUCGCAAUUAUUUCGAAAGUGUUUGCAAGAAGAUAUUGUUAUCCCAAAUAUGAAAAGUGAGGGUUCGAGCGAAGAGUUUGAAGGGGCAACGGUUAUCGAACCAGAAAGAGGCUAUUACGACGUCCCUAUUGCCACUUUAGAUUUCAGUUCCUUGUACCCUUCAAUCAUGAUGGCCCAUAAUUUAUGUUACACGACCUUGCUUAACAGAAACUCGAUCAAGGCAUUUGAUUUGAAAGAGGAGGAUUAUACCAAAACACCAAAUGGGGACUAUUUUGUGCAUGCUGAUAAAAAAAAGGGAAUUUUGCCUACAAUUUUGAAUGAAUUGUUGACAGCAAGAAAAAAGGCAAAAACUGAUUUGAAAAAUGAAAAGGAUCCCUUCAAGAAGGAUGUUCUUAAUGGUAGACAACUUGCGUUGAAAAUAUCGGCAAAUUCGGUUUAUGGGUUUACAGGGGCUACUGUUGGUAAAUUGCCCUGUCUUGCAAUUUCAUCUUCAGUGACAGCAUUUGGUCGAGAAAUGAUUGAAAAGACAAAGAAUGAGGUGCAAGAGCGCUAUUCCAAAAAGAAUGGAUACCCAUAUGAUGCUCAUGUUAUUUAUGGUGAUACUGAUUCUGUGAUGGUGAAGUUUGGGUAUCAAGAUUUAAAAACUUGCAUGAAGCUAGGUGAGGAAGCUGCAAAUUAUGUUUCAACUAAAUUUCAAAAUCCCAUAAAGUUGGAAUUUGAAAAGGUCUACUUUCCAUACUUAUUGAUCAACAAAAAGAGAUACGCCGGAUUGUAUUGGACAAGACCCGACAAGUUUGAUAAGAUGGACACAAAGGGUAUUGAAACGGUUCGAAGAGAUAAUUGUCGUUUAGUUCAAAAUGUGAUUACCAAAGUUUUGGAAUUCAUUUUGGAGGAAAGGAACGUGGAUAAGGCGCAGAGAUUUGUCAAACAAACAAUUGCUGAUUUGUUGCAGAAUCGGGUAGAUCUUUCGCAAUUGGUCAUAACGAAAGCUUAUUCCAAACAUGACUAUUCAGCAAAACAAGCACACGUGGAAUUAGCUGAAAGAAUGAGAAAAAGAGAUCCCGGGUCUGCUCCAACCUUGGGUGACAGAGUUGCUUAUGUGAUAAUCAAGACUGGGGGUGACAAAAAUUACGAGAAAUCUGAGGAUCCCUUGUAUGUUUUGGAAAACUCGUUGCCUAUUGAUGUAAAGUAUUAUUUAGAGCAACAAAUGACCAAGCCAUUGGAAAGGAUUUUUAUUCCAAUUUUGGGUGAGUCUAAAACGAAGGAAUUAUUAGCUGGUGCACAUACAAGAACAAUAAAGAUGUCGGCUCCAAAGACUGGUGGUCUCAUGAGAUUUGCAAAAAAGUCUGAGGUGUGUGUUAAUUGUAAAACACCUUUAAAGUCGGGAAACCAUGGUGCAUUAUGUCACCAUUGUAUUGAGGAAGGAAAGGGUCCUGGUUUAUACACAAAUGCUCUUUCCCAAAUGAACUACUUGGAAAAUAAAUUUUCACGAUUGUGGACGGAGUGCCAGAGAUGUCAAGGUUCGCUACACCAGGAAGUUCUAUGUUCAAAUAAAGAUUGCCCUAUAUUCUAUAUGAGAAAGAAAGUUCAAAAAGAUGUUCAUCAACAAGCAUUGGAGCUCGUCAAAUGGAACGAAACAAACUGGUAA